GUAAGCAUAAGCAUAACGACCAAAAAAACAGUUAAUUUUUCAGUUAUGGAUUCACAAGUACUAUCACACCCUCAUGGCCAUGGUACUUACGAGCAUGACCCCCACAAUGUUGCCCUGCCUCCUCUGGCGGAAGGUGAAAAUGAGCAUCACCAUGAGAAGAAGUCAGUGUUGAGGAAGGUGAAGGCAAAGGCCAAGAAGAUCAAGGAAACGCUCACUGGUCAUGGUCACAACCAUGACCAUGACCACGAUCAUGAUUAUGAUUAUCAUCGUGAUGAGCGUCAUAUUCCCGAUGAUCAUGAUCUUUAUGAGGAAGAUGAUGAGGAUGAAGAAUUGUUUGAAGAUCCAGAAGCAUUUGAGUCUGCUUCUGUUAGGAGCGCUAUCCCUGGCCAAGUUGAGAAUAUAGGGCACUCUGGGAUCAGCAUUGAGAGAUCAACAGCCAUGAGAGAGGACCCUAUAGCCCCAAAAGAGAGAUGCGUGACCAAAGUCACUGAGACAAUUAUGGUCCUUGCUGUGCCUGGGCAUGAGGAAAAUACAGGGCAAUCUAGGGUCAACUUUGGAAAGACAUCAGUCAUGGGAGAAGAACUACUCGCACCACUGAAUACACCUGUUGCUCCUGGAGUUAAUGGGACCAAAGUCAGUACUGACCCAACCAAAACCUUUGUUCCUGGCCAAGAAGGAAGGAUGGGACAGCGUAGGGUCAAUUUGGAAAGACCAAUGGGCUUGGAUGAGGACCCUCAUUCGCCUAAGGACAGACUUGGAGAUUAUACUCCAAAUUAUCAGACUAAAGCCACUGAUCCUACGGGCACAGGCGCUGAGGAAGCUGCAGGAAUCACCCCAUUACUUCAGUCAUUUGACAAAAUGAAAGUCUAUGAUGAACCGAAGCCAGAAUCUGCUGGAACACACCAUAACUUAACCACUACAACUCAUGAUCAGUUCACCAAUUUGCCUACUGGAAGCCAUGACCAGUUCUCCCCUGAACCAGUUCCCCCAGAAUCCCAAUCCAUCAGAGACACUCCUCAACUCCCAGAAAGCUUUGACCCCAACAAACCAGAGGACUACAUAUGCGAGAAACCCUCAAACCAGAGUAGUUACACUGAGAAAAUCUCUUCUGCUACCUCUGCCAUUGCGGAAAAAGCAGUCUCCGCAAAGAAUGUUGUUGCUUCUAAGCUUGGAUACGGCGAGAAAGACAACAAUAUGAGUAGUGAAGUUCAUGAGAGUGGAGAUUAUACUAAGUCAUCUUCAGAAUCAGCUUCACCAGUGGAAUAUGGAAAGAAAAUUGCUGCAACAGUUACUGAGAAAGAGAAACUGACCCCAGUGUAUGAGAAGGUGGCUGAAGCAGGUAGUAAUGUGAUGUCAAAAGUGCAUGGUUAUGGCACUGACAGUACUACUGGGAAUGUCGUUGAAUCAGAGAGUACCACUGUGGUUGAAGGGCAGGACAAAGGAGCGUCAGUGAAGGACCAUUUUAUGGAGAAGUUGAGGCCUGGUGAUGAGGAUAGGGCGCUUUCUGGAGUGAUUUCAGAUGCUUUGCAUAAGCGGAAUGAAGAGCCAGAGAAGGCGGAGAAGUGGCCUAUUAUGGGGAAGGUGACGGAGUCAGAGGAGGUGGCACGGCGGUUGGAGACAGAGAGGGAUGAGAAUUGUGGGGAAAGUAUGCAAGAGAGUUUUGUGGAUAACCAGGCACAAGGAAGUGUGGUGGACAGGCUCAGAGGUGCUGUUGGUACAUGGUUUGGCUUAAGUGGAGAUCCUCAAUCUCAAGCUCCUCAACAGUCGCAUGGUGGUGGUGAGCGUAUUUCCAAUUCUGCUAGUGGAAAUGUAGGAUACAAUAGCCACGCGGCAGAGGGAAGAAGACUUCAAGAGUCGAGCAACUGAUGAGAAGAGUUGGAUCUUUUAAGUCUGUUUUUCAAUCAAGUGUACGGUUUGGUAUGUGCAUGGAAUAUUAAUAAGUUUAUGGACAAUGCAGUUGUAGCAGCUAUAGUUUAUGUAUGAAUGGACUUGGAUUCUGUAAAAUUGUGUAUGCAUCAUGUAAUACUCCUGAAUCCGGAUUGAGAUGUGGAUUUUGAUGAGAGUGUUGUGCGUGUGUUUGUUGAGUUUAGCAAAUUUCGUUGAUCAUA